AUGUCUCUGGAAGAUAUUGUGAAGGAAAUGGCUGACAACACUUUGCAUUUUCAGCAAGAGACAAGAAGUGGUCUAAAGAACUUGGAGAAACAAGUUUCUCAGUUAGCUAACACGGUGGGAAAGCUCCAAGCUCAGAACUCUAACAAGCUUCCGAGUCAACCAGAGAGAAAUCCAAAGGAGAACGCGAGUGCAAUAUCCCUUAGAAGUGGCAAGGAAUUAGAGGUUCCAGCGAAAAAGACUGAAGGGCCAGCAGAACACCAAGAGGAACAGGAGACUAUUGUUCCAGAGCAAGAUAAGUUAUCAUCUAAGAAUAAGAAGAAAGAGCAUGAAAAGGAGAAAGAGACCCUAGACAUUUUUCACAAGGUUGAGGUGAACAUACCUCUACUAGAAGCUAUAAGACAAGUGCCGCGGUAUGCAAAGUUCUUGAAGGAGUUGUGCACUAACAAGAGGAGAUUGAGUGGAGAUGAAAAGGUCAGUGUAAGUGAGAAUGUGUCUGCUGUUUUACAGAGGAAAGUUCCUCCAAAGUGCAAGGAUCCAGGUAUUUUUACUAUACCUUGUAAAAUAGGUAACACGAGAUACGAUAAAUGCAUGCUAGAUUUAGGAGCUUCUAUUAAUGUCAUGCCUUUAUAUAUCUAUAAAGCUCUGAACUUAGGACCUUUGAAAGACACUCGAGUGAUUAUUCAGCUUGCUGACCGUUCUAAUACAUACCCUCUAGGAGUAGUUGAGGAUGUUUUAGUGCAAGUGAAUGAACUGGUAUUUCCUGCUGACUUUUAUGUUUUAGAUAUGCUAAAUGACGAAUCCCCUAGUGCAGCACCUAUAUUAUUAGGAAGACCUUUUUUGAAAACAUCCAGAACUAAAAUUGAUGUUUACAAUGGGGUGUUGACCAUGGAAUUCGAUGGGGAGGUUAUCCGGUUUAAUUUAUUUGAUGCCAUGAGAUAUCCCUCUGAUUGUGAAUCUGUUUCUAGUAUAGACGUCAUUGAUGCACUAACUGAGCAAGUAUUUUUUCUCUCUGGUCAUGAUGGAUUAGAUAUUGUUUUGACUGAACUUGUGGAAAAAGAGAAAUAUACUGACUUGCAGGAACAUUUUGAGCUUGAAGAUGAGAUCAAGGAAGCUUUCUCUUCUUUAGAAGUGCUUCCAAAUAAGCAAGGAAGGUAUACAAAUCGUUUUAUGCAGUUACCUGUCACAUCUAACAGACUUCUGCCUUCUAUUGUACAGGCCCCUGAAGUGGAACUGAAGCCACUGCCAGACCAUCUCAAGUAUGCAUUUUUGGGAGAAAAUGACACUCUACCAGUCAUAAUCGUGAGUAAUCUAACUCCGAAUCAAGAGAAAAAGCUGGUGCAAGUUCUGAAGGAGCAUAAAACAGAUCUAGGGUGGACGUUUGCUGAUAUAAAAGGAAUUAAUCCUUCUAUGUGUCAGCACAGAAUCUUAUUAGAAGAGGGAGCUAAACCUGUGAGACAAGUGUAG